AGAAAUGUCCAAGCAAAAUAACUUUCGCCGCUACAACCCGCUUAUCGAUGAAUGGGUUAUUGUAGCCGUAAAUCGGAUAAAUAGACCUUGGCAAGGUGCCAAGACGGAGAAAUCAACUACAAUUUCAACUUCUUCUAACACUGAACAAUCAAUCUUAAAUCCGCUUGCUCCCGGCGGAACUCGAUCUUCGGGAAUUGCUAAUGAGAAUUAUGUCAGCACUUAUGUGUUUGAUAAUGAUUUUCCUUCUUUCACGGAGUUUGAAGAAUGCGCUGGGAAGGAUGAAAAUGAUGAUUUAUUCAAACAACACGAAGUGAAAGGAGUUUGUAAAGUGAUUUGUUAUCACCCAAAUAGUCAACUCACUUUAGCAACAAUGGAUGUUAAAGAGGUCCGCGUUGUCAUUGACAUUUGGAACCAACAAUAUCUGGAGCUCGGCCCGAAAUACGAAUGGGUUCAAAUCUUCGAAAAUCGUGGAGCAGUUGUCGGAUGUUCGAAUAUGCAUCCACAUGGGCAACUGUGGGCGUCAAAUUAUCUUCCGACGCUGCCAAUGAAGAAGCAUGAGAGUCAAAAGAAACAUUUCGAAAAGCACGGGAAGGUUAUGCUGAUGGACUAUCUGGAGCAGGAAACUCUAAAAAAGGAACGAAUAAUCAUGAGAAAUGAGCACUGGACUUGGCUCGUACCGUACUGGGCAUUCUGGCCGUAUGAGACAAUGCUUCUACCAAAUCGACACGUGGAACGAUUCACUGAUUUGGGAGAGGUUGAAAAGCAAUCACUCUCUGAAAUUCUUCGUUCUCUACUCAUCAAGUACGACAAUGUCUUUGAAUGCUCAUUUCCCUACAUGAUGGGAUGGUCUGGAGCCCCAACUGGCUCUUUUCUGACUGAAAAUUGCUCAUUUUGGCAGCUCCACUUGUCAUUCUUCCCGCCACUUCUUCGUUCGGCGACUGUUCCGAAAUUCCUUGCUGGAUAUGAAGUUUUUGCUGAAAAACAACGGGAUCUUUCGCCGGAGAUUGCUGCAAAAACGCUGAGCGAGAUCGAUGAAGAGCAUUAUUCAAAGAAAUUGCAAUAAAUUUAUUAACAACUUUAGUUAACAAGAACAAAACAAUCGAAUAAACAUUUGAAAAAAAACAAUUAACUCUCUCU